UCUUAGCAAAACAACUGAGACUGAGACUGAGACCGGACCAAAAAGAAGAUCAGCAGAGAGAAGGGGGAGAGCCUUUUUACAGGGAUGGCUUCUUUUUUUCUCCCCUUGCGCCUUUGCCCUUUCUCUCUCCUAGGUCGGUAUGGUGAUUCCUUGAUUUGCCCUCUUUAGCUCUUCCGAACUCUUGGUAGCAUCACUUCUUUCUAAUCGUGGGUCUCUGUUUUCUUGCUCAAUUAUUGAGGCUAAUCGCUAGAUUUUGAGGAUCUUGUCGGAGUUGUCUUGAGGGGGUCUCUGCUUCUUCUUCUUCUUCUUCUUCAUCUUCCUUGCUUUGUUGUUAUGGUCUUGGGUUGAUGAUUUGACCCUUUUGAAGCUUGUGGAGGAAGUGAAAGGGAAUUGAUUGCUUGUUUUUUGAUGCGUAUUAUGAUGGUAAUGAGUCUUUUGACCGCAGAAAGAGAUGAGUAGAUAAAGCAGUUGGAAAAAAGCAAGUGCAGAGGGUGUAACACAACAAAGAGAGCGUUUUCGUCUUCUUCUUCUUCUUCUUCUUCCUUUUUGGUUGUUGCUUGUGGUAGUCAAUGAGUGAGAGAAACCGGGGGCCUUCUAUUUUCUCUCUAUCCCCCUCUCUACAUAUCUGAUUUGCGACCUAGAUGCAAUGUGCCCACAGGGGUACUUGUAGCUGCUGUGAUUCUGAAGGGGCUUCGUUGGGUUUCCUGUUCUUGGUUGGGUUUCCUUUGAGAGGGUUUCGAAAUGCCUAUGUUUCAGCCCUCUAAACGAGAGGGGCUUGCUGGAUAUGAAGAUGGGCAUGUUCUAGAUCUAGAUACUGCGGUCAAAGAUGGGGUUUUGGGUGGUUUGGGCGGCGGCGGCGGUGGUGGAGUCCCCGGGGGCGGAGUCGGGGAGAAACUGGAUCUGAAGAAAAUGAUUGAGGAACUCGAUUUAACGGAAGUUCCUUCUGUGUUCAUUUGCCCGAUUUCGCUCGAGCCGAUGCAAGACCCUGUGACCCUGUGCACGGGCCAAACCUAUGAGAGGUCCAAUAUCCUCAAAUGGUUCAGCUUGGGGCACCUCACUUGUCCCACCACAAUGCAAGAGCUGUGGGACGAUUCCGUCACUCCGAAUAAGACCCUUUACCAUCUGAUAUGCACCUGGUUUUCCCAUAAGUACUUGCUCAUGAAGAAGAGAUCCGAGGAUGUGCAGGGUCGCGCGUCAGAGCUAGUGGAGACCUUGAAGAAGGUGAAAGGUCAAGCCAGAGUCCAGGCCCUGAAGGAGCUCAGACAAGUGGUGGCAUCUCAUGCCACGGCCAGGAAGGCGGUCGUGGACGGAGGUGGCGUGACCGUGGUCUCCGGCCUUUUGGGUCGGUUCACUUCCCACGCGGUGGGGUCCGAAGCAAUCGCGAUUCUUGUCAACUUGUCUCUUGAUUCAGAAUCGAGAACGAAUCUUAUGCAGCCUGCCAAGAUCUCAUUAGUGGUGGACAUGCUAAAUGAGGGGUCGAUGGAGACGAAGAUCAACUGUACCCGAUUGAUUGAAACGCUGAUGGAAGACAAGGAUUUUCGAUCAGAAAUUGUCUCAAGCCAUAGUUUGCUGGUGGGUUUGAUGAGACUGGUGAAGGAUAAGAGACAUUCCAACGGAGCUUUACCUGGGCUUAGACUCCUCAGGACCAUAUGCUUGCACAAGGAAGUGCGGAGCUUGUUUGUGAGCGUUGGGGCUGUGCCCCAAUUGGUCGAGAUGCUGCCCAAUUUGGAUUCGGAUUGCUUGGAAUUAGCUCUUUUCAUAUUGGAGACACUGUCCUCAUUGCCUGAAGGACAAUUGGCUCUGAAGGAUUGCCGAAGCACGAUCCCAAGUAUGGUCAGAUUGCUAAUGAGAAUCUCCGAGACGUGUACGCAGUAUUCAUUGUCGAUCUUGUGGGCUGUAUGCAACCUUGCUCCCCAAGAAUGCUCGUCCGUUGCUGUAGAUGCGGGCCUUGCUGCGAAGCUCCUCCUCGUGAUCCAGAGCGGGUGCGAUCCUGUCUUAAAGCAACGAUCAUCGGAACUGUUGAAGCUCUGUAGUCUGAAUUAUUCGGACACGACCUUCAUUUCCAAGUGUAAGCUCACGAGAACGAUUCAAUAACCGGAAGAUUGGAAGAAAAAUUGUUUCCCGAUGUGGCCGCCAUGAUGAGAUUUUCAGGGGCGAGAGGUGUAAAGGGUUGGGCGCGUUCUUCAUACUUCGAGUGAACUUCCAAGGCAAUUGAGGUUUAUUUGGAGGGGAACGAAUGGGAACAUCGCCUUGUAAAUAUCCGGGUAUCAUCCAUACCCCACAGUUUGAUUCGGUAGAUGUUGAAGGUUCAUAAAAUCUGAAAAUCUCAUGCCAUUGCUUCUUAAUAAACCCCAAGUUGCGAAGAGCAGCGGAUCCGUGUUCUAGGUUGUAACUAAUAUGCUGCUUUAUUUUCCGGAAGGAAGAAAUUGCUUUUCAUGGAGGAUAGAUAAGUAUGCUUUUCCUUGGUUGGCUGGGUGGAGGGCUUGGAUCUGCAAAUGUAGCAUGGUCAAGUGGUUGCUCUCAUCCUCAGCUUCCUCCUGUCUUAUAUUUUUGUUUUUCCCCUUCAGAUGUUUAUGAUGUCUCUCCAUUUUUCCUUUGGGAGGUUUUUUGGCUUUUGACCUUUCACAAAUGUAGAGACGGGGAGUUGCCGAUGGCUUUCCUCCUGCUGCCCAAUGUGUCCUAUUCAAUGUGUAUAAUGAAAUUGACCAUUCAAAUUCGGCA